AUGAUUGAUAGCGGUUCACAAGCAUCACUUAUCACGGAGAAUUGCGUGACCAAUCUCGGAUUGCAGCGAAGCAACGCUAAUCUGAUUGUCACCGGAAUCGCAAGCUGCUCAUCGGAAACCACCAGAGGAGUUGUCGACCUCGAAAUUUCUUCUCGCUUUUGCUACAAUUCGGUGGUCAACGUCAAGGCUUAUGUGCUGUCCAAGUUCCCGCGGAUCGUACCAAACCAGCGAUUGGAUCCUGAACGGCUAAAAUGUUUGGAAACAUUGCAGCUAGCGGACCCACAUUUUGACAAGCCCGGCAGAAUCGAUAUUAUUCUUGGAGCUGAUGUUUUCUUGGCUAUUUUGGAAGAUGGCAAGGUAAAAGAUGGAUCGGGACUUCCAGUGGCGAUCAACUCAACUUUUGGAUGGAUUGUUGCCGGUCAAGUUUUCGACGCCAGCGAGGUGAAUUGCAACACGGCCAUCAUCAGUCUCAGCAUGGACAUGGACAUCGACAAGGUUCUCCGGAAAUUUUGGGAAGUUGAAGAGGUCAACAGACCGAAACCUUUGACACAGGAGGAGCAGCAAGCAGUGGAUUUCUUUAAUACUACGCAUCGACGUGAUGAAACUGGUAGAUUUACAGUGCGUUUACCGUUCGACGAAAGCAAACCUGCAUUAGGUGAAUCGAUGCCAGCAGCAGUCCAGCGGUUGAAGGCGAUGGAAAGGAGAUUCGUUCGAGAUCCAGGCUUCAAACAGAUGUACGGUGAGUUCAUGACCGAGUACCUUAAUCGUGGUCACAUGGAGAGGAUUCCAGACGACGAGGUUAACGUUUCGCCGGAGAAAAGUUUCUACCUUCCACAUCACGGUGUCAUGCGGCAAGACAGUGUCACAACCAAAUUGCGAGUCGUGUUUGACGGCUCGUGUCAAUCGUCAUCCGGAAUUUCUUUGAACGAGAAACUGUUGACUGGACCGAAGGUCACCGAGGACUUGCCUGUCGUCCUCACCCGUUUUCAGACGAUGUUGAUUACUUGCGUACUGUAUGGAGAGCGGAAGCCGAUAAACCCAUUGAACAUUACCGGUUGCUGA